GUCAGGGGGGCGUCACAAGUAAAAGGUUGAGAACCGCUGAGCUAGACCAUUUAGACCCGAAGAGCCAAUUAAUCUUCCAUUUUCGCACUUUCCACACAACGCUUGAAUAACGUCACAAAAAGCCGGGAGUCUCAGACAUGGCCUGAUGUGAAUGUGACUGAGGAACAGUAGACAGCAAAUCCUGUUCAGUCCGAGAAGAGCUUGUUUGAACACCUAACUACCUAAUCUGGGGCCAUCAGCAAAAAGGUCUGGGAGGACUGACUGUAGCUGGCCAAUUAUCAAAGGCUGAUGAAAAGCAAUAACUACAAAACAAUAUAAGUAUAGAAGAUGCGAGUUACAGGGAAAAUAUGACCACAUUUACGAAAAGUGAUGCCGUAGGAUGCACAGACAUUUGAGCCAACUUUCAUGAUCGUUCUCUCCACCCCCUCGAUCAUGGGCAUUGACGAUCAAACACUCAACGACAGGUCUAGUUUAUGGAAAAGAUACUAAAGUUGUUUGCAGCACAACCGAUGACAUUGCAAGAUGUGCGUGGAUAGGUUUUGCUGCCAAAGACAGCGUAGCUGCAUUGAUCGCCUGCAUGACUUGUUUAUGUUUGGCUAUUAUUGGCAAGUAUGUUGUGUUUGUGACGUGCCAGUGACCAUUGUUCGGGUAGUAACUAGUUGGGUGAGGUUCGAUAGGCUGCUCUUCUCAAUCCAUUGCUUAUUCGGUUUCAGGAGGUCAAUGUUGAAGUCCCCUAGCAGUAUGUAUUCUUUUGGUUCAAGGAGCACGUCGUCUAACUUGAAGCUGAAGUGGUCCGUCCACCGGGUCGUUCGUUAGGAUUUCUAUAGAUAAAUCCUACAAGAAGUGGAGCCGUAUGUUUUAGUUUUAUUUCUAGCCAGAUUGACUCUGCGUUGUAGUUUUCGAGUGAAGACAGUCCAUUGUCUAAGCGCUGAGGAGUGGGGUCUGUGUUCUUGCUGCCGAGAGGGUACGUGGGAUCCUUGGGUAGUGGUGUCAUUUUUCGUCUGGCUAGGGGUGCAGAAAAGAGACGCUUGAUGUUCACCGCCAGCCCACUGCUCCCUCUGGUGUUGGGGUGUACAUAAUCUCUCAGCCAUCCUGUCUUGAUCUGUCCAUAGAGCGUGAAGAUCAAGUCGUUGUUUUCAUGGUGGGACCCUGCCUGCUCUGAAGCAACCUCCAUGUUUUUAUUUGAUGGGCGAUGCAGGAUGUGAUGUGAGGGGUCGACUGUCCUUGUGCGGCAGGAUGGAAGACAUCAUGAUCCUGGUUCUGGGCAAGCACAUUUGGCAGCUAGAAAGGACACUUUGCCUAGCCUGUCCCUCGUAUGCUGUCCAUGUUUCGUUCUUGUUCUUAGGCGCUAAGAGUAUAUAUGCUCCUUAGGAGUAUAUUUUGCUGCCCUAUAUAAAGUUGUUUGCCAAUGUCAACUUUGUUUAUUUUGGAUGGGAUUCCUCUCAAGACUUUGGCAUUGUGGCUUGCAGUUUGUGCCUCCUGUGUAUCUGUGGACUUGGAAUGUAUGGACUGUAUGUCUGGAGAUCAAAAUGCCAGGAACACGGGAACCUGCUUUCAAAUCAGCAGCUUCUUCUCCUUGUCAAGCUUAUAUACCUGGCAAUGCUGAAAUAGCAAAACGUCAAAUUGAAAUGAAGCAAGUGGAUGUCAACAAAAUUGUUUCUUCUUUGGACUUAACCUACUUUCUGUGUGCUUGUCUAAGUGGUGAUGGAGGUCUAGUUGACUACAUGAUCAAAAAAGGAGCUAAUGUGCAUAGUGAGACAACAGAGGGUGAUUCUGCCCUGUACUUGGCAACUUUUGCAGUACUUAAUCUCAACAGGGAUAAUUUAGAUGUUCUGAAAGUUCUCAUAAAUGCUGGAUGCAAUGUAAAUCAUCAAAAUAAAAGAGGUUUCACUCCACUCCAUCGUGCAGCAAGUAAGGGAAACUGCAAAAUAAUAAAAUUUCUGCUUGAACAAGGUGCCAAUCCAAACAUUGUGAACGCAGCUGGAGUUUACCCAAUUGACAGUGCCGUGUGUGCGGGUUAUCUGGAGGCUGCCAAACUGCUUAAAAUUGAGCUGCCAAAUCCAUAUGUUUGGGAUGUGGUAGAACCACAUACUCCUCCUCACAUUACUUUAGGUUUGCAGAGUCCCAGCCGCCGGGAAAUACUGCUAUCUACUAGAUCUCAAGUUUUUGAAAAAGUAUUUAAGGAAAAGAAUAAAAAUUCAUUUAAAUAUUCUUGAAAAAAAAAACUUCUGGUUUUUCCCAUCUUUAAUGCAGACUUUUUUCAAGAGAAACACCUUUCUGUUAUAUAUAAUUUCUGUUACCAAAAAAUUUAAUGCUUUUGUGUUUGUCAACAUUUUGAUGCAUUGAAUGUUGAUGUUGUAGUAAUGAGUCAGUAAUGUUUCUAUUGUAGCAAUAAUCUGAUCACAACAUCAAAACGUCAUCUGAGUGACCAAAUAUAAUUUGUAUAACUUUCUAUCAGUUUUAAUAAAGAUAUUAUGUACUGGC